UAUGCAGUCAUCGUGAUGUUAGACUGAAACAAGUUAUGAUUGACAUUGACAUUAAAAACUAACCUCAAUUUUGUUGUUUGGUUUCAUUUAAUUAAUUUGGUUCUAUUAUAAAUAAAAAUGGAUAAAAAGCGUGAGCGUGCAAGCAAUUUCGAUAAAGCCGAAACGCGGUUAUUGACGGAAUUGGUUACCAAAUAUAAGUAUAUAAUUGAAAACAAAAAAACGGACGCCGUGACCAAUAAAGAUAAGGAGGCUGCCUGGGGCAGAAUAGCUUCUUCUUUUAAUGCAACUACUAGUGGUACCACGACACGUAGCUCUAAAACAUUAAAAUUAAAAUAUGAAGGUAUCAAAAAGGCCACGAAGAAGAAGAUGUCCUGUCGCAGGCAGGAACUUUAUCGCACAGGUGGCGGGCCAUCUAAUGCUCCUGAUUUCGAUGACGUGGAGGAGAAAGUGCUGGCUAUAUGUUCCAACAUUACAGGAUUGGAAGCACGCAAUGAUAGUGAUAACAUUUCAGAUGUAAUCCAAUCUGCAUCUGUCCCUCUGAAAAUUGAUUUGUCUCAGGAUGACCUUAAUUUAAAAUUUAAAAGAUUUCAAGAAACAAUUCAAGAUAGUGACAUACAGAUUGUGAUGUUGAAUCAAGAAACUGAUGAAAAGGAUUUGAAUGAAAGCGCCAGUCAAAAUGCAGAACCAACAAUUAUUGGCACUGAGAAUGGUGAAGAUUCUUAUAACAAAUGGGGCACAUGGAACCCAAAAGCAUUGAAAAGUAAAAUUAACCCAGUUUUAAAACCAACUAAGGCCAGCGUUACUGCAAAAAUAGACGAAUUAAGUGCUACAAGACUAGAACUUGUGCAUCUUCAACAAGAGAUAGCAAAAAAAGAACAUUAUUUUGUUGAACAAGAGCACGAGUUGAAAAUGACACACCUUCGAAAUGAAGAAAUCAGGAAACAAGAGUUACAUAAUUUGAUGCUUAAGACAAUGCAACAGAAAGAUUAGUGUAAAUGUUUUUAUUAUUGUUUAGGCCAGUGGCCAAUAAAAAAGUGAAAUAAUCAA